AUGGAUUCCUUGCCACAAGAGGUCAUCAACAGAAUCGCAAGAUUCCUGCCUGACGCAAUCCCUGAGCCAGAAAGCUACCCAUACUACUACCCAUCCCAUAGUGGAGGCGUGUAUUACUCAGUCCCUCAUUGGAACCAAGCAGGACUGUAUGAUUGGCACCAACAAGAACCCCGCACCCAACUGGCGAGCUACUCAGUCACCUCAACAGCAUGGCGUUACGCAGUUGAGGAGGUCAUCUACGAAGAAAAAGAGAUUAGCAUAGAUAGUGAUGAAUUUGCGACUUUUUGCGACGUCUUCCGACCAAGCCAACGUCACAAAUCUUUGAAGAAACUUACAUUCGCCAUCAGAUUUCCACGAUUUACUCCACGAUUUACUCCACGUUUCAUCAGGGACAGAAAGGAAGCGACCGCUACAGUAGCAAUGGAAAGACUCUUUCGUGUGUUGAAGUCAUGGGAGAGCGAUAUGGUGGGAGAGGGCAUGACCCUGCUUGUUGGAUGCUUAGCAUUUGACCAUGAGGAAGAGGACCCUAAGACCCAUUCGUACAUUGAGUGCGAUUGGCACAUUGAGGAUGGUGUAUACCUUCAAACUACAAGUCUCCCAAUCCUGAACCAUGUCACUUCCUUUCAACUGUUCAACAAUACCUUUGAGUUGUUUGAGAUGGGCGGGGCGGCUAGGUUAUCUACAAAACUUCCCAAUCUGACGGACCUUAACAUGAGGCUCUUUGACAAUGAGCUCAAAUGCUGGUCCUCCCGUCGAAGCAGCCGCCAUGAGUUCGCCAGGGUAUUCUCAAACACCACAUUUCCCCAAUUGAAGACAGUAUUCCUGGACCUCUGUACCGACAUCCACAAAGAUCAUACUAAGCGACCUCCAAAUCUGUUGGAUCAACAUACUUCGAACGACCAACAAGAUCCUGUCAGCAAAUCAAUCUUCAUGUGCUUGUCCCAGAGUCAAAACCUUACGUCUAUGAAGAUCAAAGGCGUGUUUAAUUUCUCCUUGUGGUGGCCCCUAUCAUGCGACGACUCUUCCAGCACCCCCUUCCCGUGUCUCAAAGAAGUGGAGGUAGUUUUCGACCUAACGAUGCCCAGUGGAAAAUGGUACUUCGUCGGCGAGGAUGGAAAAGAUGAGUGUGAGGAAAAGGAGCUGGCGAAGCUACGUAUUGAGAAUUUGAACUUUCGCGAACUGGUUGAACCAUCUUGUCUGAACCCUUUCAUCCUUGCUUUUGCAAAGAGAUUGGCUCAGCUUCCUGCCCUCCGUCGAGCGAUUUUGACGACGGGCGUUCAAGGAGGUGGUGAUGUCCAUGUAUACGAAUUCGAGAUUUGCUAUUUCGCGCCAGGCGAGUCUGCAGUUCACUGCACGGAAUUCCAAGAAGGUGAUCAUCUUUGGGCAUCAGAAGAGGAAUCGGACGACGAAGAACCAGAUGAUGAGGAUUGUCGACGGCUCUACCUGUGUACUACUGAGUUCGGAAUGAAGGACUGGAGGCCCAAUCACGAGGCAAUGGAAUAUUUUGAAGAGGUUGGAAGAAGAGAGUACGGAGGAGAAUUGAUAAUCAAAGAGUUUCAACGCUUGCCUUUCUUGUAUGGCCGCUAUAGCUAG